AUGGCUAUUAAUUCCAAAGUCUUUGAUGACAGUAGUUCCAUCGCUACCGCACCUCCUUCUCAAUCAUCCGUAUUUUCCUUUGGUCGCAUGAAGCAGAAACGUGCAGCUGUUCUAUCCCGCAUCCGUGAUAUUGUCUUAGCCCCUAAUUUCAACCCUUCUUCUGUGACCCCAAAUCUCAAUGCCUGCGCUGCUGCUCUCCCAGCUGCUGAGCUCUCCAAUAUCCUGACACAACUCAACAUUGAGGGCCAUACAGCACUGUAUUGGGCAAUCGUGAAUAAUCGGCCACAAGCUCUUUGGGCGUUUAACAAGUUCAUUUCCUGCUAUUCCCCUGUUUGCACGUCCGACUUGUGCAUUGCAUGCAUGAUAACCAGUGACCAUGCAAUGUUUAUGCAGCUAAACCUUGGACGUCGAAGUGAACAAAUGCGUCUGAGAGGCCUUUUAGGUUGCCCGCCCGAUGGGAUUCAGGUACACACAUGUGAUGAAUUCACCAACCAGUUCAAUGUUGUUUUGGGGAUCAGGAUGUUCCAGAAACGUCUGCGCACUGCUACUGGAAAUAAGUGGUACCACGAAUUUGUUGCAGGGGGACGCAUAUGGUGGUUGCGCUUCAAGAAGCUAAAUGAGUCGAGUAAUGGAAUAUGGCACGUCGAUAUUGGUCUUUGUCAGCAUAGUGAGCCAGCGCGUCUCAACGCUGUACUUUUGAUCGAGGCACACAGCCGGAAACCUGGUUGUGCAACCCCACCUGAAGCGCUGAAAAUUCCAUUAUCAUUGACGGACACACAGUUUCUGGCCCUUGCACCUUGGAAGUCCCCCGAGGGCAUUGACUAUGUGCUUCCUCCCAAAAUGACUUGGAGCAUAUCGAAAGAGCUGGGCGAUUGGGUAAUGCACAAUACGACUGAAUAUGUAGACCACGAGGGCACACUGCAUGCGAAGCUGGAGGUGACAUUGUUAUGAAUCCAAUAGUGACAGCUAGUCG